UAUUCAGUCCGGUGAUUGGUCCGCUGUCUCAUGUUUAAAAUGACCCCGCGGCCCACCGAGCAUUACAACAAGAUUUUCUUAAUGUAUUGUUUUGAAGGAUCUCAACGAGAUUAAGUCAAAGUUACUGCCAUUAAAAUGUUGGAGAGCUGCUUGGCUGGGAAGCCCGAUAGAGAGGGCCCUCUCCGGGUAGACGAUAUCCGCAAAGAUCUAUUCCAGGACUACUCCUCCUCACCAACCCAGCAUCAAUCAAAUAUUAAGCAGCUGAAGGUGAACGUCCAGAAGGAGAACCUUCAGGUCUAUCUAAGGAUCAGACCACUCACCUCAAGGGAAAGCAUCCAGGACGUGCCAAAGGACUGUGUGUCCCUGGAGGGGGUGGACACGGUGGUGUUGAAGGCUCCUUCGUACUGUCAGUCUAGUUGGCACAGCGACAAGAACCUCCCGCAAACCUUACAGAAGUUCAACUUCACCAAGGUGCUGGGUCCAGACAGCAGCCAGAGACAGGUGUUCGAGGGGACGGUGAGCCCGCUGGUCCGAGGGGUUCUGGAGGGACGAGACGCUGUCGUCUUCACCUACGGUGUCACCAACGCCGGAAAGACCUUCACCUUCCUGGGUCCGGAGCAUGAUGCGGGGAUCCUUCCCAGGUCUCUGUCGGUCAUCUUCAGGUCCCUAGAGGGCCGUCUCUCUGCUGACUGCAGCCUGAAACCUCAACGCUGUAAAGACGUCACCAAGCUAACCCGCCUGCAGCAGACCAACGAAGCCACACUGAAGAACCAGCUGCUGAAGCUGCUCAAACAGAGCGACAGUCAGAAGUCCAACUUGUCUCAGAGUUCAACCUGUUCUUCAGAAGGGGACUCCAGGAUAAGCAGUGCUAGCACUAGUUCUGAUACUAUUGCUAACAUCAGUGCUAACAGCAGUGCCGCAGAGUCUGAUAGUUUCCAGCUCACCGCCGACUCUACAACAGAGUUCUCAGUCUGGGUUUCAUUCUGUGAGAUCUACCGGGAAAAUAUCCAUGACUUACUGGAAACACAGGAGCCUCGAACCCAGAAGAGAAAUCUUCUACGUCUGGCUCAGGAUGUCAAGGGAAACUCCUUCAUCAAAGACCUACGCUGGGUUCAGGUCCAAAGUGCAGAAGAGGCUUACAAAAUCAUGAAGAUCGGCAAGAAGAACCAAAGCCUGUUCGCUACAAAACUGAACCAGCUGUCGAGCCGCAGCCACAGUAUGUUCUCCAUCAGGAUCUUGCGUUUGGAGAAGACAGGACUCAUGAGAGUGAAGUCUGUGAGCGAGCUCUGUCUCUGUGACCUGGCCGGAUCCGAGCGUUGCACUCGCACCCAGAGCCAGGGUGAGCGUCUCAAAGAGGCGGGAAACAUCAACACCUCCCUGCUCACGCUGGGCAAGUGUCUGAACGCCAUGAGGCUGAACCAGCACCACAGGGUUCCUCAGCACGUUCCCUUCAGGGAGUCCAAGCUCACCCACUUCCUGCAGGGCUUCCUGUGCGGCCGCGGCGCCGUGUGCAUGAUCGUCAACAUCAGCCAGUGUCCGUCCGCCUACGACGAGACGCUCAACGUCCUCAAGUUCUCCGCCCUGGCCCAGAAGGUGGUGGUGCUGACCUCGCGGCCCGUGCUGCCCCCUGUGGCCCCCAAGAGGACCGCCAGGGAGCUGUCCAUGAUCAUCAACCAGGCCGUUUGUCCCAGCAAACGGGGACGGCAGAGCUCCAUGGUCGCCUGGGAGACGACUCUAGAGGAUGUGGUGGAGGAAGAUGAUGAUGAGGAUGACGAUACUGACGAGGACGAGGACGAGGACGAGGACGAGGAGUGUAUGGAUGAGGAGACUGUGCUCGAAGCAGGCCCCGAGGAGGGCGGCUGGCGGGCGGCUCUAGAGCUGCAGAUCAGAGAGGAGGUCAGCGCUGAGUUCAUGGAGCUCUUUGAACGCAUGGAGAAGGACUACAGUGAACGCUUGGUGAGAGAGAGGGAGAUUCUGGAGGAGAGAGCAGAGAACAGAAUGGAAAUCAUGAAGACCCUCGUCAGCAAGACUUCCUGUUUGUCUGCCACUAACGAGGAGGAGGGUCGAGAGGCGCUGGAGCAGGUGGUCACCAUGAUAACAGCAGACCUCCUGAAGAUCAAGAGAGAUGCUGAGGAGGCACACACCUGUCUCACUGACAACACAGAGCUGGAGACGCUGCGAUUGGACCAGCAGAGAUCACAUGAUGAGCUGGAGACGCUGCGAUUGGAGCAGCAGAGUUCACAUGAUCAGCUGAAGGCGACUCGGGAGAGGCUGUCAGAUCUGAUGGAGGCAUGUCAACAGAAAGAUGACAUCAUCAGCAAGCUGCAGGUCUCCAUGGAGACGGCCGACACACAGCUCACCAGGUUACAGCUCCAGAUCAGGGAGAAGACUGACGCUGAAGCUGGCCUAUCAACGCUAUUAGAAGACGCAAAGAGCCGCCUCCAAAUCCUGGACCUCCAAUUGGAGGAGAAGAGCCAGAGCGUCGACCUUCUCACCCAGGAAGCAGAUGUCUUGCGACAGGAAACGACUCGGAGGCGUGAAGAGAAAGAGGAGGGUGCCUCUGUCUUCCACGCGGCUGUGGAGGAGAUGAGGAGGGAGGGCCAGGACGCUGUCGAGAAGUCGGCCCAGAAGAGGCAGCACAUCGCCCAGCUACAGGAGGAGAUGGACCAGCUCAGAGACUUGCUGACCAGCAGUCAGAAGGAGUGUGUCCAGCUCAGGGACGACCUAGCCAAUCAGAAAGAGGGGUCCCUCGAUCUGCGUCAAACCUGGCAGACGGACAAAAGGCUCCUGCAGCAGCAAGCAGAGGGCCUCACGGUGCAGCUGAAGGCCUCUGAGGAGAGCUGCGCGAAGGGGACCAUCGCGGAAGAGCGACUCGCUGAAAGUGAGAGCCAGUGCGCAGCUCUGCAACAGAGGCUCAGGGAGAAGGACCUCGCAGAUGAGGAGAGGAAAGCGCAAGAUGAGGGAGAGAAAGAAGAGUUGCGGCUGGCUCUCUCGUCUCUUCAGGAAAGGCUAACGGAAAGCCCGACGGAAACAAGCAGUUCAGAGACAAACACUCACACGAGCGAGGAGGAGGAGGAGGAGGAGAGAGGAGUGGAGGAGAGGAAGGAGGAGGACAGGAGGCGGGCCGAGUUUGAGGCGGUGAAGAGGGAGAUGGAGAGGCUGCAGAGGAGCGAGAAGGAGCAGAAGCAUCCCAACACCAGAAGCUGUCGCAAGAGGAAGAGUGAGGCUCACCCCAGCACCAGGAACCUACGCAGGAGGAGGGUCCAGGAGCCGCAGGAAAAUGACACGAAGAGAAACGGAGUGAAGGCGCCAGAUGGAACGCUCCAGAGGAUCCUGAACUCCCCCUCAAUCCUGAGCUCCACAGCGAAGAGCAUCCUGAACCUGGUGGUCAAUCGCUCGGGAGAGAAAGAGGCGGUUGUCGUGGAAACAAAGCAAAAACGAGGACGGAAAAGACUCUUCAAGAAAGACAUCUCCUCUCCCCUGCUCACCCUCACACCACACACGACUAUGGAAGGAUCGGCAUAAAAAGAACGCAGCGACACGAAGAGACUGCUGUGACCCUACAGGCGGGCCGUCACUGUUUCUUUCAUAUCAUUAUUGUUAUAUAAAUUGUUUAGACAAAAACAUAUUUUUUCUUUUGCAUUGUUUUACCUUGUUUACUAAAAUAAAACGUUGAAUGCCU